AUGCGAGCAUCGUUCAUUUCCCUUGCAGCUCUGGUUGUGGCUAUACAGGCACAGGAAGUAUACUUGACAACAACUGGUUACUCCGCUCGACCACAAUGUACACAAUCAAAUGUGGUCCCGAAAUACCACUUCCAGCCCUUCUCUUAUACUUUGAAUGAGACAGUUCGAUAUGCAACCUCGGUUCCUUCCCCGACGACAACACGGAAAUAUGCCCCACCCUAUACUGAUGCAGUCAAGCAUUUGACCACCAGCUGGUCGACCUCAACGUGGGGCAGUUGGGUUCCAGAGCAAACCAUCAUCAGUGCAACUGACAGGGAGGACCCAUAUGGACAAGCUGCGUGGUCCUCGAUGUGGCUGCAGGCGGAUCUUCACAACUAUACCACCACUGGGCUGUUCUCGACAACUGUCAGUCCAACACCUGUGCCCAGCAGUGAGCUGGUAUUGCCACCGCGCGACUACUUUGGCCCCACAGACUGCUAUAAUUUCCCCAAAGACUUUGUGUUUGGCGUUGCAGGGAGCGCAGCCCAGAUUGAAGGAGCAGUUGGAUUGGAUGGCCGAUCACCUUCGUUGUUGGAGAAAUUGGUACCCGACAGCAAGCCGAAGGACUAUGUCACCAAUGAAAACUAUUUCUUGUAUAAGCAAGAUAUACAGCGAUUAGCUGUAAUGGGUGUGGAGUAUUACAGCUUUACAAUCCCCUGGACGCGCAUUUUGCCUUUUGCCCUGCCAGGAACACCCAUCAAUCAACAAGCCAUUGAUCAUUAUGAUGACUUGAUUGACACAGUCCUCGAUGCAGGAAUGACGCCAAUCGUUACAAUGCUCCAUUUCGACAGCCCAUUAAUGUUUGUCGCCAGCGACAAUAUCACGAAACGCCCAGAUAUUGGCUACAACAAUGCCGGCUAUCAAAAUGAAACCUUUGUCGACGCAUUUGUCAACUAUGGAAAGGUUCUGCUUUCUCAUUAUGCAGACCGAGUUCCAAUAUGGGUGACCUUCAAUGAGCCCCUGCUCUACGCGUACAAUUUUAAAGGAGUGGACCAUGUUGUCAAGGCACAUGCUGAGGUCUACCAUUUCUAUCACGAUACGUUGAAGGCUACAGGAAAAAUUGGUAUCAAGUUCAACGACAACUUUGGAGUGCCUAAAGAUCCGAAAAAUUCUAGCCAUGUCCUGGCAGCUGAUCGCUUCCAAGAAAUGCAACUGGGUAUCUUCGCAAAUCCAAUCUUUUUGGGUAAACAAUACCCAAAGUCCGUGUUAGAAACACUACCCGGAGCCAAGCCCUUGAGCAAAUCUGAAUUGAAACACAUCCGCAACACCUCCGACUUUUUUGGGAUUGAUCCGUAUACCGCUACGGUAGUAUCCCCAGCCAAUGAAGGUAUCAAAGCUUGCGCUGCCAACCCAUCAAGCUCGAAUGAGCUUUUCCCGUACUGCGUCAAGCAAGAAACAAAGAAUAUUUACGGAUGGAACAUUGGGUAUCGCUCUGAAUCCUACGUGUAUACCACACCGACACAUUUCCGGGAGUAUCUCUACUACCUGUGGAACACUUUCCGACAUCCAAUUCUGGUGGGAGAGUUUGGGUUUCCAGUAUACGCAGAAGCGGAACGGGAGCUUUCUGAUCAGCUUUUUGACUCUCCACGCAGCGUAUAUUAUCUUUCCUUCAUGUCUGAAAUUCUCAAAUCAAUAUACGAAGACGGUGUGCAUGUUAUGGGAGCCCUUGCUUGGAGCUUUGUCGACAAUUGGGAAUUUGGAGACUACGCACAGCAAUUUGGCAUUCAAGCAGUCAAUCGCACGACCCAGCAGCGACACUACAAGAAGAGUUUCUUUGACCUGGUUGAUUUUGUGAAAGCUCGACAGCCAAGCAAAGACUGA